AUGGGUGCUAAACCUAAGCGUCGUAUUGCUGGCGUGUCGGAAACCUUUCGCUUGUCCAAAGUCUCAUCCUCGGACUUUGACGCCUUUGACAGUCCCAAUUUCCUCCCAUUAGCUAAAGUCGGAAUUGAUAUUGAAAUCAACUGGGCGGACGUUGUGCGCCCCAUCAGCCAGCGCGCAUUCAAAGCUCAUAAACUCCUCAACAAAAGCAUCUUACUUAUAUUAAUGGACACAGCUACACUACGCCUGUUUCCGGGCAUCACCGCAGCAACUGUCAAAGCGUUUCUUGCUCCUCCAGUACAAGGUGUUGUACUCGAGACAUUCGGAGCCGGUAACGCUCCUCAGCGUGCCGACCUUAUGGACGCAAUGAAAGCGGCAUGUGAACGGGGUGUGAUUAUUGUCGCUAUUUCUCAAUGUGCCAAAGGAAGCGUAUCCGACGCUUACGAAACUGGACGGACUCUUCAAGCAGCUGGAGUCGCCUCGGGCGGAGAUAUGACCACCCUUCGAUUGUCCAACAGGUGCUGGAGCACAUAA